UUAUUAACCAGUAGGGGAACCCAGUACUAACGGCGUUUUUACAAGCAGAAGUGUGACACGGAUGUGGGUAACAUUUUGAUACGGAGUUGUAUAAUUUGGCGCCUUCGGUGGGGAUGCAUAAUAAGGAGGGUUAAUUGGAACCAUGAACCCAGAGGAGCAGACAGUAACGUGGCUGAUAUCAUUAGGGGUGCUUAAUUCACCCAAGAAGAACAUAGCUGACCCAGAAGAAUUUCUGAAAACAUCUCUGAAAGAUGGGGUCGUCUUGUGCAAACUCAUGGAGCGGCUCGUGCCCAGCACUCUUCCAAAGUACUGUCAGGAACCGAGGAACGAAGCUGACUGCAUCGCCAAUAUCAAGGAGUUUUUGAGAGGAUGCACAUCCUUGAAAGUAGAGGGAUUUGAACCGGAGUGCCUGUACUCUGGCGAGAACUUUAACAAAGUGCUGACCACUCUGCUGGGAGUCAACUUCGCCACCCAAGACUGUGGCACUGAGAGGUCAUGUCCCCAGUCCGGCACACCUGCUCCUAGCCAGUCCACCACCUCACACACCUCUUCCAGGUCCAAGUCCCUGCGCAGACAAUCCAAACCAGCGGAGAUGUCGGAGAACGGCGGAGGCGGGCUGGUGCUGGUGAAGGCGCGCUUCCAGUUCAAGCAGAACAACGAGGAUGAGCUGUCUUUCAACAAGGGAGACCUGAUCAGUGUGUCGCGCCAGGAGGAGGGCGGCUGGUGGGAGGGCUCGCUCAARGGCAAGACGGGCUGGUUCCCCAGCAACUAUGUCCGCGAGGUCAAGCCCUGUGAUAAACCUGUGUCUCCUAAAGCAUCUCAACUGACCAAGAACUACUACAGUGUGGUGGUGCAGGACAUCCUGGAGCAUGAGAGGGAGUUUGUCAAGGAGCUGCAGACAAUGUUGAGCUGUUACCUACGACCUCUAAAGGCCAGCGACAAGCUGAGCAUUACAGACAGUGGCAGUCUGAGUGGUAACCUGGAGGAGAUCCUCACCUUCCAGCAGGGUCUGGUUCUUGCUCUGGACGAGUGCACCAAGGUUCCAGAGAGCCAGCAGCGAUUGGCUGCCUGCUACCUCAACCUGAUUAGUCAGAUCAGGAGGCUGUACCGGUCAUACUGCUCCAGUCACCCUUCGGCUGUCUGCGUACUCACUGACCACAGUGAGGAGCUGGGUACGUUCAUGGAGAGCCAGGGGGCUAGUACGCCAGGCAUCCUGACCCUGACCACCAGCCUGAGUAAACCCUUCAUGAGGCUGGACAAGUAUCCCAUCCUGCUGCAGGAGCUGGAGAGACAUAUAGAGGAGGCCCACCCGGACUACAGUGACAUCUUGAAGGUUACGGUGGCUUUUAAAAGCUUGGUGACCCAGUGUCAGGACCUGCGGAAGCGUAAGAACCUGGAGCUACAGAUCCUGUCAGAGCCAGUGAGAGGCUGGGAGGGAGACGGCAUGAAGUCUCUGGGUCACGUGGCCUACAUGUCCCUGGUCCACAUGCAGAACGGGACCAAUGAGGAGAAGGAGGAGCGCUACCUCAUGCUGUUUCCCGGUGUGCUGGUCCUGCUGUCUGCUAGUCCGCGCAUGAGCGGCUUCAUAUACCAGGGAAGGCUGCCGCUGACAGGCUCCACAGUCUCCAGGCAGACGGAGGACACGGAGAACGGCCACUACACCUUUGAGAUCACAGGAAGCACGAUGGAUCGCGUCACAGUGUUCUGCAGUAACCCCCAGGAGCUGCAGGAGUGGCUGGACCAUCUCCAUGCCUACAGCGAAGGAGCCAGCCCCGUGGGCACCAUUAUCAAGCCGGUCAGUAUGCUGGGCACCCCCACUCACCUGCCCAGCUUCAGCACCCCCUGCCAGGCCAACCGGGGACCCCUGGAGCCCCCCAAGACCACCAAGCCCUGGUCCCUGAGCUGCCUGCGCCCCGCCCCACCUCUCAAGCCCUCCGCUGCACUGGGCUACAAGGAGAGGAUGUCUUCUAUCUUGAAGGACUCCAGUAAGAGCUCUGGGCCCAUUAAGAAUUUCUUCCCAAAACGCAGAGCAGAAAGAAAACAUUCCGAUGAUGAGUUCCUCUUACGGAAAAGUACAGCUGCUCUGGAGGAGGAUGCCCAGAUUCUGAAGGUGAUCGAGGCCUACUGCACAGGGGCCAGCCAGCAUCAUGCCAGCCAGCAUCAGGCCAGCACAGCGGUGAGGAAAGUGUGUGUCCCUCAGGUCCUGCUGCCAGAGGAAGAGAAGAUCAUGGUGGAGGAGAUGAAGAACAACGGUCAGACAAGCAUAGAGGAAAAGAGUCUGGUUGAUGCAGUAUAUGCUUUAAAGGAUGAGGUCCAUGAAUUAAAGAAGGAGAAUAAGUGGAUGAAGCAUUGUCUGGAGGAGGAGCAGAAGUCUCGUAAGGAGCUGGAGAGAGUGGUCAGGAAGCUGGCCAAGCAGAAGAACGACUGUACCUGGGAGGAUGGAGGGCACUGAACAACUCCCCAUACCUACCCAACUACCUACCUACCUAGCCCGUGUGUGUGUGUGUGUGUGCGACUGUGUGUGACUGCCUUCAAUCCCUACAACACAGAAGGGUUGGAUUCAUGUAUCUGGACAAUGGUUAGAGCAACUCUCUGGUCUGAUGCUUGGAGGGGGGGGAAUAACCAGAAGCGAAAAUUCUGAUUGAUUGCCUCCCGUCUACUGGCACUGGUCAACUCUGAUGGAAGAAUUUUGGACAAAGGAGAAAGAACUACUGCUCUAGUGUCACCAGCUGCAUCGCCACUGUGGACUACUGUGUCUACAUUUUCAAUAGAACAUCUAAUGGGAACGAGAAGCCAUCUUUCAGUUCAAUGGAGUGUUCUCUUGCAUGCACUUGUUUCAGCAGGAGAGCGACUCCCUCAGCCAUAACUAGGGCUCAUCUGUCCCACUCUACGUCUGUUACAGCACUGUUUCUUUAUUUUGGUGUUGGACACCCCCUGCAGCCUUGUCGGGAAAGAGCGAGGCUUGCGUCGAGCUUUAGUGAACAUCAUUGGCAUUUUGAGAAUGCACGUUCAAGACGUGAGACUCUGCGUCUCCAAGCUAUUUCAUAGUCCUCAAAGCUUUAGCUUUUCAUUUCAGAUGGGUGAGACCUAUCCAUGAACUAUCAAACAGUCCUCUAGCUCAUGGUAAGUGGAUUUCAAUACCGCUCAUAUCCACGCUGGUGUUAACAUUAGUGAAUAAUGUCCUUGACUGUGUUUCUUACAAUCUGCAUGGAUGUACAGUYUUUUUAUGAUAUUGUCACACAUUAGAUGUGACGAUCAAUAUAUAGGCCAAAGCUUUCAGGGAUAUAGAUAUAUAACAAAUAGAAUACCCGUAUAUGGUGUAUUGCGUAUAAAAUAGACACAUGUAAAGAUGACAACGGUGUGGCCUAUACUUUCUUACCGAAACGAUAUAACAAUUAAAUACAUGUACUAAUAAUACAUAGCUUUGCUUUAUUCGGGAGUUAAAGAAUAUAUAUUGCUUAUUUAUUUUCCAUGAAAACAUUUCAUUAUGUAGGUAGAGACGUGUGUAUUGUAUGUAGGUUAUAUGGUACUGGGAACCCACUUGGGGCGGUCUCUGGGUUUCUGCCUUAAACCAACCCGCACCGCAGAAACCACCUCUACAGAAUGAUAACCUAAGGAUUUUUUAAAAAGUGAUCUUUAUUUAUUUGGCAUUGUCCAUUGGGGAAGACAAAACACAACCCAUUUUGAUUUUAAGAAUUUGGUACCACAGGAACAAUGUUAUUUGUACGUCGUAAACUGUGUCCCACAAUGUGAGUUAGGGUUACAUUCCAAGGAAGUCUCAUUGCAUCCGUGUCCUGCGCCCAUUUUCAGAGUGUCUGAGUAGGACUGCUGUUCUAGGAUCAGGACCCUCCUGUCCAUUUUUUAAAAUCUUAACUAAUUAUGGUCUAAAAGGGAACAAAGAUGAUCCGUUUCUUGGACGGUUUGUAAAUUUCGUCCCUGGUCUGUCGUUCUUAUGCUUCUUUCUCAUGAGUUAAUGCAGAUGGAGAUAUGUCCCCACUUUGAUUGUGUUGAUGGAGAGUGUAAAGUAUGAGUAGUGGGAUCAAGGGCCUCCUGAUCACAGUGGAUUAAGUUACGAGGUACAGAGGAAGUGGCAGGGAUUUACAUGCACAGGUUUUCUGUCAUGUUUCCCAUUUUCAAUGGGGCUGAUGGCACUGUUUAGACGUUCAUGGGGACAGGUAAGGGUCGUGUAACAAUUCAAUGUGAACCGGGCUUUGAUGCCUUAUGUCAAGGCCUUAGGUGAAAGAUUAUUCAGUUGAAUCACAGCACUUAGGUGAAAGAUUAUUCAGUUGAAUCACAGCACUUCCUCCCGGGAUGACGUGCAGUGCAUACACUGUAGGACCUGAUGUCAACCUCAUACUGCAGAGUGACAGUAGGAACUUCAUGAAAAUGCAAUGUGACCACUUCAGUAUGACUGUUUUUACUUUAGUGUCACUCUGAGACAGUCAGUUGGGCAGUAGACCAGAAUGUAUAAAGAAACGUAUCUCUGUUAUUGUACAGUGAUGAUGACUCUUUCACCCCCUUAACCAAAUGGGCCUAUUGCCUUGUCCCUGUUUCCUGGCCACUGUGUUCUCUGCAGUCCUGAUGUAUAGCAGUAUACUGUUACAAGCUGUUGUGUUCAGGUCCCACGGUCUGUCAGGUCAACUCCACAUGUUUUGUCACCUGUACAAAUGUCCUUCAGUAUUGUUUGUUUGUUUUAUUGCUGAGAUUAUUUUUUACCAUCAAUAUUUUUAUCAAUGCAUUUUGUUUUCUUCAUAAAGUGUCUUAAAGUUUUCAAUGCCUGAUAGCCUAAGCGAGCACUUGGACUGUUCCAUCCUGCUCAUGACGACUUGUCGGCAGACCACUCCAUGUGUAUCAUUUGAAAAAGUUGUUUGAUGCAAAUUAUAACUCUAUUGUAAGGCAUUUUUUUCCUUCUAGUGGCGGCAUACUGUCAUGUUUUCAGUAUGGUCAUUCUUUUAAUAAAAAUCAAACUUGA